GGGGAAGCGGCAUCACAAUCGUGGCAGGAUCGAGUCACUCGAGAAAGUCACUCGAGUGGUCCAGGGUGGGUGUCGGGGGGAUGGUGGAGGUGUGAGUGGGGAUGCGUGCGAUAUACAUAUGUGUAUGGGUACGGAACCCGCUAUGUAGUUAGGCUCCGCGCUUGGACCAUGUCGAAUCAGUCGGUGAAUGUAUCGCGGUGCGAGUGGUAGGGUCCCCCUGUCACCUAAAAAAACUGGAGUCCGCGCGAUUCUCUCGCGACUAGAGUUCGGAAAGUGUCUCUCGAGAGCGUGUCGCACCUCCUCGUCCCCGGUUCACCCCCCUCGAGCAACGGCGGCGACGACGGCGGCUCCUUAUGGGGUUGGUGGUCGCGCGCGUGCACGCGCGCCCGGACGACGUAGGACGACGUACGCGGCGCGACGAGAAGAACGGUGAGAUGACUAUCCGUCCUGGGCGCGGCGAACCCCGGGGGAAACGAGAUCUGUGCGAGAGCUGAAUUACGCGUGCACGCAACACAGGAUCGGCCGGCAUGUGCACGCGGCCUCGCCGGAGCGGGAGAGCGGUCAUCUCGGCGAUCAUCGUCCUCUUACUCUGGCGGAUUCGCUGCUGUCGGAGCGAUAUCGCGGACGACGCGGUAAUCCCGGCCUGUAACGUCACCGCCGACAGGCGGGAGCUCGUGUGUCGCGGCGCCGAUUUACUCACCGUCGAGGCGAUCUACGACGUCGAUCUGUCACGAGCCGUCGACGUUCCCGUUAAUGUCACCAAGAUUGAUCUAUCCAACAAUAAUAUAACGGACAUUCCAAUACGUGCUUUCCAUCGAUUCCCCAAUCUCAAAAUUUUAUUUCUUCGACGUAAUCAUUUGCGAAUUAUUCACAACGACGCGUUUAUAAAUUUGGCGAGCCUGUAUAUACUGGAACUUGAUGAAAAUUACUUGACGAGUAUCCCGGCCGCUGCUGUAAAUCUACCUGGUCUCAAAGAUUUAUCUAUUUCGAACAAUAAAAUAGAACAACUCACGAGAGAUGCGUUUCGCCAUGCUGGUAAUUUGGUGUCGCUCGAUUUACGCGGAAAUCCUAUUAAGGAGAUACACGAUGAGACCUUCCAAAAUCUUGGUAAACUUCGUAAGUUGAUAUUAUCGAAUACGAAGGAAUUGCGGAUCUUCCCUAAUCUAAGGGGAGCAACAUCUUUGGAAAUAUUGAGAUUGGAUCGUUCCAAGCUGAAGAAAGUCCCUUCUAAUCUUUGCCGGCAAUGCCCGAAACUCAAAAGUCUUAACAUGAAAUCUAAUCAUUUGACGGAGAUACCAAAUUUACGAAAUUGUAAUGAACUCCGCGUUUUGGAUUUAGCUAGUAAUAUGAUUUCCGUGUUACCCGACGAUGCGUUUAAAGGUUUAAAUAUGUUACACGAUUUACUUUUAUCCAAUAAUAAUCUACAGAGUAUCUCCAGCGAUGCGUUCACUGGAUUACCUAGACUUCAAGUUUUAGAUUUGGAGAAUAAUUACAUCGAAUACAUACAUCCUGACGUAUUCAGAGAAACAAAACAUUUACAGGACCUAAAUUUGGGAAACAAUAUUUUUCCUACACUGCCGAUAAGAGGUCUUGCGGGAUUAUUACAUCUCAAAACGUUCAAUAAUCCCGCCCUGCGAGAAUUUCCGUCUCCCGAAAGAUUUCCACGAGUGCAAACAAUGUUGCUGUCAUACGCUUAUCAUUGCUGUUCGUUCCUAUCGAUCGAAGUAGAGGAAUCUGUCACAAGGUCGCCGGUACGGGAAUCGAUUUUGUUCCCUACCGACGAUUUCGAUAGCAGUUUAUGGAAUUCAACUUUCAGCGAUAUUUGGCCACAAUUGGAUUUUACCUAUCCCGGAAACCUGCCUUCCUACGUAGAGGAUUAUUUCGACAAUCAAGAUGCUCGAACGACAGCGAUAACUCGGACACCCUCUCGUAUCCAAUGUUUGCCGCAACCCGGUCCUUUCCUACCGUGCCAAGAUUUGUUCGAUUGGUGGACCUUACGGUGCGGUGUUUGGAUAGUCUUCCUGCUCGCCAUGCUUGGUAAUGGUACUGUGGUGUUUGUCUUGAUAUUUUCGAGAAGCAAGAUGGAUGUGCCACGAUUUUUAGUCUGUAAUUUAGCCGCUGCCGACUUCUUCAUGGGUGUUUAUCUAGGUUUAUUAGCUGUCGUCGAUGCAUCAACAUUGGGAGAGUUUCGAAUGUACGCAAUACCAUGGCAAAUGUCACCCGGAUGUCAAUUGGCUGGUUUUCUAGGUGUUCUCAGCUCCGAAUUGAGCGUCUACACGCUCGCCGUUAUUACUCUGGAAAGAAACUACGCAAUAACGCACGCAAUGCACUUGAACAAGCGGCUCUCGUUGAAGCACGCAGGUUACAUUAUGACGAUAGGUUGGUGUUUCGCAUUGUCGAUGGCGAGUUUACCAUUAUUAGGGGUCUCGGAUUAUAGAAAAUUUGCCAUUUGUUUGCCAUUCGAGACUAAUGGCAGCGCCGCGCUCGCGUACGUGGUAUUUCUCAUGCUUAUUAACGGAGUGGCCUUCUUGAUACUAAUGGGCUGCUACCUGAAGAUGUACUGCGCGAUACGUGGUUCCCAGGCAUGGAAUUCGAACGAUUCUCGUAUCGCGAAAAGAAUGGCUUUACUCGUCUUCACUGAUUUUCUCUGCUGGUCACCGAUAGCCUUCUUCUCUCUCACAGCAACCUUUGGAUUGCAAUUGGUGUCUUUGGAGCAAGCCAAAGUUUUCGCCGUAUUCGUACUACCGCUCAACUCUUGCUGCAAUCCCUUUCUAUAUGCGAUCCUUACGAAGCAGUUCAAGAAGGAUUGCGUGUUAAUAUGCAAAGCAAUCGAAGAGUCGCGUGUGACUCGUGGUAUUGGCAGGUGCCGGCACAGCUCCAAUUUCAGCAAUCGACAAACACCGGCCAAUACCAAUAGUCUCGUUGAUCGAUCGUCGCGAGAAAAUCAAGGGCCGCUUCAAACACCGUGCGCUUGCGGAAAUUCGAGACUCCUAGAAACCGGAAGCCGUUGCUCGUCCUACCGCUGGUGGAGUGCCGGGAUAUUCUGGCCAUGCACGCGCGACUCCCGACACGCGCGACACACGCGUAGCGAUCAGUACGCCUAUCAGAUCGCCCAGAUCCAACAGAAGCAGCAUAAACGUGCGUCCUCGGUAUCGUCCAGCGAGAACUUUUCUUCGUCCAGGUCCGACUCCUGGCGGCAGGCGCACCAUUGUGGCAUACCGCUCCGAUUAUUAGAUCCGAAACGGAGAGCCUCUUCCUGGUUGAUCACUAGGAAACCAUCGCAGGAUUCGAACUUAAGCUCGUCUCGCAACGAUUCCUCUGGUUCCGCGACCACUGCCAGCACCAGUACUUGGCGCAUUUCGAGAUCCAGUGCCUCCUUAGAGAUUAGCGCGCGUAAUAAUACGCCGAGGCCGGUUAGACCGAAGCCACGACUGACACGUCAACUCGCCAUCCAGGAACCGGAACCUCCGGGGUCUCCGAGUAGAUUGGCCGUUAGAUUACUCGCCACGAUACCUUCCGCAGCUGAGACCAGCGAUCAGCAAGAUGAUGAGAAUAUGCCGACGAAUUAAAAAUUUCUAUCUGACUAUUUUUAUGUAUUAUAUAUACAUAACACGCGCAAUAUUUUCUAAAUGUAUUAUUCUCAUCAAGCGAAUUCUUCAACAAAUUCAGUAUUAACGAUCUUCGCUGAUAUACCUGUGUAGUUUGUAGUUAUAUAUGUACGUAUAUUUAUAUUUAUGGCAUUUUAUAUACAUCUUUAGAAUUGUUGCUUAAGCGAAAUAGAAUGCGCGAAAAGAGUAAAAUAGAGAUUAUGUAAGUGAUAUUAAUAUUAUCAGUGAUUUUGAACGGGUUUUCUCGUUUCUUGUUUAAUGGGAUAAUCUGAAUUUUAACAAAACAUUUACGGAAUGCCAACAAAAAUACGCUCAUACGUUUUAAGAGAUAAUCAAUAAAUGCAAUUGUUCUUGCAACGAAACGUAAUAGAAUUGUAAAGUCAAACGAUAUUGAUCCAUUUCUGUUUGAAUUAAAUAGAAGUUUAACAAAAUGUAGUCCAUCCGUCCGUCCGUAUGUGUAUAUAUAUGUUAUGUAUUUAUAUUUUUACGUUAUAUAAGACUGACUAUGGGUUCUUCAACUCUGUACCAUUUGUACACUGAUCAUUGAUCAAAGAACCUCCACUACUAGUCUCAAUAGACAGUAGUCUUCGAUAGUUAUUACAUGGAACUAUAUACAUAACGAGAUACUUUAAUUUAUAUAGCAAAUAAAUCUACAUAAACUAUAUAUUUAACAACGGUUACACCGUUUUAAGUACAAUAUAAGAUUUUGAGCCAAAUCACAGUUUACCUCUUGCGCGAUGUUUAAAUAAUCUUGAUAAUGGCGUACUUAUAUAUUUUUGGCAGAUUAUAUAUUUUAUUGUACGGACGGAGAGUCAUGUUUGUGCCGCUAUCAAACGUAAACAUUGCGUAGAGGCAGAUUUAAAAUAAUUAAUGUAAUUUUGUUAAUUCCACGAAAUUUUGUCUGCAAAAAUCUUUUUUUUUUUUAAUUACUGUAAUUCGGAAAUUAUUGUUCCAAUAUUUUCGCUAAGGAAAAAAUUGGUGAGAAAAAUCUCCAAAUUGGAUAGAGAUUUUGUUAAUAGCAAAAAAACCGCUGAUUUUAGAAUAUCUUGAGUAUACAUACACAUAUAUAUGUAUAAAUCAGCGCAAACAAAUUCGAUUAAUAUCAAAAAAGUUAAUCACAUUGCGAAUUUUAAUAAGUGGUUUGUUAAAAGUAGUUGAUAAUAGCAUGCGAGGAUGUGUUAACGAAAAUCAAAUAAACCUUUGUGAAACUGAUCGAUUGAUAAUAAAUAUUCUUUAGGCUCGGCGAAGUAAUUUAAGCUGAGCUAAAGGUCUGCGACUAAAAUUAUAAUACUUAAAUCUGUGAAAGUUAAAAUUAUUGAAAUAAAGUUAAUAUAUGUAUACACGCAGCGUGAAUAAAAAGUUCUAUGCAUAAGAAACGAAUUAAUAUAUCUAUACAUAAGAAAAUGUGAUUGCUUAUUUAUCCUACAUUGCAUGCAUAUUCGGUUGUUGUUCAUUUAGCGUUUCUUUUUGUUUAAACUUGGCUCAUUUAUUUUUGUAAAAUGUCACUUUUGCAUAUUACAGGGAAGACGCGCCGCAAGCGACACAUUGUCAUUUAAAGACUAUAAUAAUUUAAAUACGGAUAUAUACAUUAAUUAAAUGACUCUAAUAUAUUUCUCGUCUCAAAAUAUAUACUCAACAACGAUUCAAUACGGCACAGAGGAGUGCGGCAGACCAAAAUUCUUUAUCUAAUGAAUUCAUAUAAUUAAAUAUAUAUAUCUCAUACUACUUAUAGUAUAUAUAGAUAAUGAAAUCAAAUAUUGUUCAUUUUAAAAGUAACAUAGCAAGAUACAUAGCCUUAUAACUGUCCUUUGUAAAUAUUAAAUUCAUUGCUUCGAAGUCCACUAAGGAAGAAUAUUUUGUGGAGAGCUAACGACCAUUUUUAAUAACGAAAUCAGUUUCGAUGACAAAACUGACACAUUCUAAUCUCGUACGUAUCUUCUCGCUAUUAUAUUUCUUCGUGAUAACGGAUAAUUGUGCGUUAUUCUUCGUAUAAAGAACGGUAAACAUAAUGUUUGUGCAAAUUACUUGUGAAAAUACAACAUAUUAAUGAAUAUCAUCAUUAUUAUAUCAUCAUUCAUUGGAUGAUUAUAAUGCAAGGUAUGC